CUUUUCUUGAUAUAAAUAAUAGUGUUCUUAUUACAGUAGGUAACCGUGUUUAUCGUUUUACUCGGAUGCUUACCCCCAAGAACCUGAUUCUAUGAUAGUCACCUAGUGACCGCUUAAAAAGAAAGUAAUUUUAGUCUUAACGUAACUCUCGUGCUAUCAUGACUCUAUCACAAGCUACAAAGCAAAAGAAAAAUUUUAAUAAUAAUUUUUAAUUGAAUUUUUUCUAUUUUUUACAAAUAAUAAAUUAAAAAUGUGUAUCUACAGAAUAUUGAAUAAACCAUAUUUUAUUUUUACAGUCUUGUUAAUUUGUUGUCUAUAUGCUCGCAAUAUAGAAGCUGGUACAUAUCCUUACAAAGCAAAAACAAUGAAAACUCCCACAACCACAGUAAUACCUGAAACAACGACAGAUGCUCCAGUGAUGGCAAGAAUAUUUUUUUCGGCUUUAGGAGACUUUAUUGAAGCUGUUCCUGUAUUUCCAAUUACUCUUAAUGUACCAGAUAUGGUAACUGCUUUUAGCGGACUACUCUCUGGAAUGGUUGGCUAUAUAACGGGAAGCAAUGAUAGUGGAGAAUCUAAACCAAAGGACAUUUUGAGAGUUAUGGCAAAAUUAUACAGAACGAUUGCUGUACAAGAAGAUUUACAUGACAUAGAGUUUUUAACAUAAUAUAAUUUUAAACAAAACCAUAUUAGAAUUAAAAUGUAAAUUGUUGUAUAAAUUAAAUUAUUUUUGUAAAUUAUUUCAAAUAUUUAAUUAAGCUAAUUAAAACCAUUAACAAUUCUUUAUGUUAACGUGUUGUAAAUAAGAAAUCGAGAACAAUUUUUUAAAUACAUUAGUAAGUUUGAAAGUGAAUAAAAGUAGAAAAGUUUAUCUUUAAAUACGUUGAUAAUUU